AUGAUACAGCUAACAUCUAGUGACAGUUGUGACGUAAAAGUUAAGAGUAUUGAAUCACAAAAUGGUUCAAAAAAGAGAAUCAAUAUUACACCAUGGUACCCAGUCCAUGACUGUCUACUCAUUCUUAUUAAUAUUCAUUGCCAUCUUUUCCUAAUAUCAUUCAUCAAUUCCAAUUGGAAUUCACAUUGCAUGAUUGAUACAUUCAUACUAUCAUGA